AUGGCAAAACAUUUAUUCAGACAGUUCUUUGAACACGAAUCGUCAACUUAUACAUACUUAUUAGCUGAUCUAUCAACAAAAGAAGCGUUAAUUAUUGAUCCAGUUAUCGAUACUGCAGAACGCGAUGCAAAAGUCAUUCAACAACUUGGCUUAAAAUUACGCUAUGCAGGUAUUGAAGUAAUCCAAGGUCUUACGUUAGUUUUCUCCUCAACUUCCAUCGUCUCUCUAGUGAAUACCCAUGUUCAUGCUGAUCAUAUAACUGGAAGCGGAAAAUUGAAAACUCUACUGCCUGAGUGUAAAAGUGUGAUAUCCAGUGUGAGUGGAGCAAAGGCAGAUAUUUAUGUUAGAGACGGCGAAGUCAUCAAAAUUGGCGAAUCGGGUAAAACACCAAUCAGCAUCGAAUGUCGUUCAACACCGGGCCAUACUAAUGGUUGCAUGACUUUCGUUUGGCAUGAAGGGGGUGCAGUGUUCACCGGCGAUGCCCUUCUUGUCCGUGGUUGUGGUCGAACAGAUUUUCAACAAGGAAGUUCGGAUACACUCUACACUUCGAUUCAAGAGAAAAUCUUUACACUACCGGAUCAUUACGUUGUCUAUCCUGCACACGAUUAUACAGGACAAACAAGCUCAACUAUUCUCGAAGAAAAAACUUUCAAUCCACGUCUGACAAAGUCACGAGAAGAAUUUAUGGAUAUAAUGGCUAAUCUUAAACUAAGUUAUCCAAAACAGAUCGAUAAAGCAUUGCCAGCGAAUCUAAUCUGUGGCUUACAAGGCGAUAUAUGA